AUGGCUGCAGCUGCAGGGCUGGCUGCAGCUGCAGGGAUGGCUGCAGCUGCAGGGCUCGCGCCGGCGAGCCACACUUGGAACGCGGGGCAGGGGCCGAUGCAGCAGCCGCCGCCACACUUGCAGAUGCAGCAGCCGCCGCCGUCGCAGCCGCAGCAGCAACAACCGCAGCAGCAGAUGCAGGGCCAGAUGCAGAUGCAGCCGGCGCCGCAGCCAGCGCUGCAAGUCCAGCGCGAGCCCCAGCUGGUCAGCGAGCCGCAGCAAGGCCCGAAGCUGCCGCCGCAACGCAAGGCGCUGCCGGCCAGCUUGCGCCCGCAGAUGAUGCCGACGGCGGUCCGCGUGCAACGGCCUGCAGUGGCGAGGCCGCGGCCGGUCCCCGUCGCCUCUGCCCCCUUCGAGCCCGAGGCGGCGCUCCCGCAGCCAGAGGGGAGGGCGCCCGCCGCGGCAGCCGCUCAGCCGGAGCAGCCCGCCCCUCCCGCCGAGGCGGCGAGCGGCGGCGCGGCGCCGGACAGCUCCUCCUACGACGAGUUCGCGGCGGCGAUGAAGCAGCUCGGAGCGCUGCCCUGA